AUGUCGCUCCUCCCCUUCAAGAAGACUUGUAAUCACAGAAUCUUCUGCACACUUGUGCAGAUGUGGUUGCUGCAGCAGUCAUUGGUGGACAAGAUGAAGAGUAGUGGGGAGAACAGCAACCUUGAGGAGCACCAGUGGAGGCCAGGUGACGUCAUCAUGCCUGGCAAAGCCCCGCCUCCUUCAAAUCCCCGUGGUGAGGGGUUCGCCACUCCGACAGGAAGUGAUGUCGCAUGCCCAGCGGAAGGGUUGGAGUUGCUCAGCGGUCUCCGUGACUCCCUGGUGUCCCUGUGCAGCUCCUUGCCUGGAGAGUACAUUACGGCGGAGGACGACGACGAGGAGGAGGAAGAGGAGGAGGUGAAAUUUCUACUAGACUGCAGCCGGAGCCAGGAUGGCGACUGCCGGUGGCUAAAGAGGAGGUGGGCUCUGUGGCAGGAGUUUAUGAAAGAACACGCCCACCUGGACGCCUGGCUGCAAUUGGCUGAGCAGACGGCCAGUUCUCCAGACUCUGCCCAGAUCGCUUAUGUCACCGCCAAGGAGGAACUGAGGAAGUUUGAGAACCUGCGUUGUGAGGCCAGCAGCCGGCUGGUCCAGUUGGACAGCCUGACGCAACGGAAUCGAACCCUCUGCCGGCUGUUCCAGGGCACCAUGCGGGCCCGCCUGCUGGCGCUGACGCAGGACUGCGGCCGGCGCUGGGACAGUCUCACCGGCCGGCUGGAAACCGUCACACGCAGACUGAAGCAUUUUGUCACAGAGAGGGAGGGGUUCGAUGUGGAGAGGGAGGAGCUAGCUCUGUGGUUGGCUGAUCUGGACGUCCGUCUGACAGAACUGGAGCACCUGACAGGAAACUCCUGUGACAAGAUACGAGAACUUCAGGCCUUCCAGGCGUCUGUGUGUGUGAUCUCGGGUCACGUGAGCGUCCUGCUGGAGCGCGGCGAGGUGCUGAUCCAGCGGGGCGAGCCGUCGGACGCCCAGGACAUCGAAAGCCACCUGCUGGAGCUGAUGCUGAACUGCAGCCAGGUGUUCAACCGCAUCGCAAGGCUGCACACCAGGCUGCUCAGCAUGAGACUGGUGUUUGAGGAUGACUGUAUUCUGUCUCAGGGUCCAGACUCCGGCUGUCCGUCCGAGUCUCUGGUUGAAGACGAGGCAUCCACCUCUUCCUCCAGACACUCCUCGCCCCCCGCUACCCAUGAGCCCCUGGGGCUGGAGUGGGACCCCUCCGUCGACAUCGGGGGCUCCAUGUCACAUGACGAGGCCGACUCGUCCUACUUCAGCGCCAACACCGGUGUGUGUUACCCAGACCAGCCAUAUUGCAGGGAUGGCAGGAAGAGGUGGAGCUGCAUCAGUUCCUUCAACUCUCAGUCUGACCUCCCUCAUGACGUCACCAACCAGGAAGCAGACUCGCUGCCGGAGGGUUGGCCUGAGCCCACCCAUCCCAACACCUUCCUGCUUGUCGUCCCUCAGGAAGGUGGGAGUCGGCUCUCGAGGGACCGGUGGACAACCUCUACUCCUAACGCACAGCCAAGCAGCCAGCCAUUUAGCUUCGACCACGGCCGCGUGAGCGCCUGGCUAGGUGUCCAGAGCCCCGCCCUGUCGCAGAGAAGGACUUCCUGUUCCAAAGCUGUGCAGACGGACAGAGAGGGCUACUCUGAGGGUAACUGCAUGGACCACCCCUAUCAAGCAGCAUCCCUUCUCCAUGACAACUGCCAUGAUGACAUGUUAUUGUUUCUACUGUCAGAUGUGUUAUUGUUUCUACUGUCAGAUCCACCAUGCCAUCGAAGCAACACACUCCUGCCUAGCUUCCAUCUGGUGCUCAGAUACGUUAAUGGACCUCCACCCACCUGA